AUGUUUUGUCGCCGCUGUUGGUUGGAUUUCAAACCCAAAGACAGUUAUAUACAAUGUUCGGGUCCGUGUGCCUGGUUCUAUCACAAUCGCUGCGUUCAAAUGCCAGAUGAGGUGGCACGCCAGAUGUUGCACAACAAAGAGCUUGAAUGGUAUUGUUGGCAGUGUCGUCAAUUGUAUCGUUUGCAGUUGUAUUUUGAGAUUGCUAUCUGUGAUGAUUAUAGUCUGCCCGUGGACUUUGUUAAAAAGCGACCGUCCAGUUUUGAUCCCUGUCUAGCUGAGGCAUUACCCACCAAUCCAGAAAAUUGGGUAGCUGCCAGUCCACAACAGGAAUUUCUAACCUUUGCUGAGCUCCAACAGCAACAACAGCAGCAGCAACAAUCUGAGCCUCAGAUACCACCACCACCGGCUCCCUUAUCGACUUUACCCUCCAGAGUCAAUGCCCAACUAGUGGCGGCAAAUGCCAGCAACACCACCACCAACAACAACAACGAACCGAAUACUGUAGCUUCUGGCUCUGUGGCCCACAGUACUUUGCCUACCCAACCAGUUGGGGUCCAUGCUGCACAGACCACACAAACUCUUCAGCAACAGCAGCAACAACAACAGCAUCAGAAAAAAUCUCUACGUAGCCAGACACAGCAACGUUUACCACAUCCGUCGUCAGCAUCGUCACAGGCUGUUGUAAUCACAAAUAACAAUUCUGCAACCCUUAAUAGUGGAACUGCAUCAGGAGUAGGUGGAGGAGCUUUGAAUACAUCUGGCGCCCCCUUACCACCACCCUUACCCGCUGGCCUAACCUCGACCAUACACAGCCAUACAUCGGCCAUAAAACAGGCAUCCGUCAAACUCAUUGAAGGUUAUUCGGAUCCCAAAGAUACGAAACGCCACAAAAAAGUCUAUCACAAGAAGGCCAAGCGGAGGGCCCAAACUAAACGGCCUUCCUCACAGCAGCAGUCACAACAACAGUCUUCUCAAACAUUACAACAGCAAACUAAACAACCAGCAACAACAACUGGCAAUAAUCCGCAAACAUUAACAACUCCUCAAACCAAGGAGAAGGAUAAACGCAGCAAUUACAGCUCAGAUUCUUCUGCACCCAAAUCCUCAGAUGAUGAAGACGACGACAAUCACUCUGUAAAAGUUCCUGAUUUAAAUUCACCCGAUAGCAUUUCGGAUGAUUUGGUGAAGCCCUUACCCUCGGCCACAAAUCGUAGUCCACGAAAACUCACCACAUCGCAGUCGGAAUACGGCAGCAAACGUAACCCCUCACCCUAUUACUACUCCGACUUACUAAAAUCCAAAGAAGCCGGGGCCUUGGGAUCCUCUCAAGUCCUUACCGACAAAGAGGCCAAACAAAAAAGUCGCCAAUCUACAGUCUCCGAACCACCACCACCCAUCAACCAACUCUAUGCCCAACCAGGACAACCUUAUCGUAAGAGUACCAGUUUAGAUGUGCCCCCCGAGCACAACGAACGUGACGAACAGGAAGACGAAUUUGAUAUAACCGAGGCAACAACCACUACCAAUACCGUUUUACCAAACGCCUCUCACCACGCCGACGAUCACGACGCCGAAGACGACGAGGACGAUACAAACAAACGUUACUCCUUUACCGAAGACGGUGUACACAUUAUCCGUUGUGAUUCGCCCUCCACCACCACCUCCGAGGAAAGCGAUUGCAGUGAGUGCUUGAAGCGGCGUGAAUGGCAUGCCCGCGCCCUAGCCCUGGUACGCAAAACCUGUAACGUCCAACCUUUGAUACCAGCCGCCGCCGAUUACGGCAACAUUUGCCAAGAAGCUUCCGAGGAUUUGAAUUGUGGCAACUUCCCCGAAACGACACCGUCAAUGCCACCGCAUAGACUGCUAGGACCGGCUGCAGUUUGUGCCUGUGUUGCUCCCUCUAUCGGUGACGAUAUAGAUGAGUAUUUCCGGCCACGCAGCAUCUUCUAUGUCCAUCCCCAUGGGGUGCAUGAGUGUGACGAUUGUGCUCCGGACUCCAAGCAUUUGAACCACACCAGCUCACGUAGCAUCCUCGACUCGAGCAGUUUGGCCCAAUCCGAUAACGCCUUGGACGAAGUUAACUCGACACUGGCCGAACUCGAAGACGAUAUGUCGGGUCGUACACGUCAAAUUUAUGAAACCGCUUUCGAUUGUAAGAUUGCCAAGUCCGAUGAUGACUUGGAUGAAGUGGAUCGCAUUACCAACCACUCGGUGUUGCUGCAACUCAACAACGGCAAUGUUCCGCCCACCACCGGUAAGACGGAAAGCCGCAGCUCCAAGUCCCACAAAAGCCGCCUGGAUGGCAAACGUUUGAAGAACUCCAAAAAUCAAGCCAUCCAGGAUCAGGCCUCCAAUUCGGGUGGCAACAACAGUGGCAGUGGUUCGCCCCUGACCGUUGGCCAAGCGGCCAAUCGCAGCACGGACCAGAUACUGGCCUCCAACAUUUCCGGCCUUAGCACAGACUUGAACAAUGUCCACAUACGGGAACCCGAAGUGGAUCAACAGAACAAUCCCACAACGUCCAGCUCACAGCUGCCCAUGCGCGGCUAUACACCAUCGCCUCCAUCCACAGCGCCACUGCCCAUGAAGUUUCCCGGCAAGCAUGAGCGUUUUUUUAUGAACAGCAUACGAAGUGCACCCAACCUGCCAUCAUCGAAUCCGGCCCAUCCACGUUUGCGAGAUCUACGUCUUCCACUGCAGUCGAAUCUGGGGCGUCAGUCGUCCCAGCAGCAGGCCACUGUGUCCUCGCUAGCCACCAGCAAUGAGAACAGCCUCAACGAUAGCGCCUAUGUAAAUCCACCAUCUUCCAUUAUUCACCAACACCAUCAACAACAACAACACCAUAACAGUCACAGCCACCAUCAUCAUCUGUCAUCGGCCAUGCAUCAGGGUGGCGCCAAUCAUUUGAGCGCCGGCAGCUCUAGGUCCCGCAGCCGACCACGUUCCUUUGUCUUGGAGUCGGGGCGGGUGCUGGAGCUGCGCAAAAGCCAUGCCUCGUCCUCCUCGUCUGCCCACCACCAUCACCACCACCACCAUGUUGGCAAUGGCAGUCGCAGGACGCACAACUACUCCUCGACCGAGAGCAUAGCCACAUCGAGUAGUGGUGGCAGCAUGGAAUCGUUGCGCUCGAGCACGAGCGAAGGCAAUCGUAGCACAUCCAGUUCAGAGUCAAGGCACUCGACCUCGUUGAGUUCACAUAGCUCUGAAUCUGGCAGUUCGAGUGUGGCUUUUCCCCUGAGAGCACCCGUGGUGAUACAUUCCAAAUUGCAUAUCCUCAGUCCCAUAUCGGACAAAUCGUCCCAAGAACCGGCCUCCGAGUUGUCUGAACAGAAUAAGACGCAGAAUGUAACGCCCGAGGAUAAUGGUGGCGGGCCGGCAGUUGGUCAGCAGCAGCAGUCGCAACAACAACAACAGCAGCAACAAUUGUCCUCACAGCAACAACAAUUACAGGAUAGAGAAAAUAUGCGACCCACACCUCAGCUACAAAUCGAUGCUUUGAAAAAACGAAGACCACCGGCCAACAAAACCCUAAUGCAGCUUACCGAUGAAAUUUUGGGUUCAGACAGUGGCAUAUCGCUCCACUCGCGGGAGGAUGGUAAACCUUUGAUGGGUCUGCAAAAAUUCACCUUACCCACAUUGAAUUUCCCGCCCAAUGAUAAGGGUGGUAAUAAUCACAGUGAUAUUAGUGCGGUGGGUGCGAUGAGUAGUAGUGUGGGUCUGCCACAGGAUUUGAGGGAUCUACCCUUUGAUAUGCCAAAAUUGCGAAGGCGAAAAACGCUGCAGCAGGACGCCUGCACAUCGGGCAGUGCCACCUCGGUGGAUUUGGGUGACUUGCCCUUCGAUAUGCCGAAGCUGAGACGCCGCCUAAGGGCCAAUCAAGCGGAAAUUAAUAAUCUGAUGAUGCACAGUACUGAAUCGAGUGGCAUAUCCCAGGCAUCCUCCAGUCAUUCGAUGAGAGAUGACAAUAAAACCGGCAUGAAGUUAGAUUCUGCCAUGUUCCGCCAGAACCUAACCCUUAAUCUCAAUGAGCCACGACAAACCAACAAUAAAUUCGGCAGCUUAGAUUUGCGUGGCCUCAGCAAUAAUAAGGAGCUAAAUUUAAAUCUAAAUCAAGGAUUUGCCAAUGCUGUGGAUCUAAUCGAUGUGUCCAUACCACUGGAGAGGCAGGGAUGGUAUCAUGGUGCCAUAACCCGAAUUGAAGCGGAAACCACUCUACGCCCCCUGGCGGAGGGUAGUUUUUUGGUGCGCAAUUGUGAAUCUACCAAACAGGAUUAUUCAUUGUCCUUAAAGGGAGCCAAAGGCUUUAUGCACAUGCGCAUACAACGCAAUGAAUGCGGCCAAUACAUAUUGGGACAAUUCAGUCGGCCAUUUGAGACGGUACCCGAUAUGAUUAGGCAUUUUUGUUUGAAUCGUUUACCCGUCCGUGGUGCCGAGCAUAUGUGCUUAAUUGAGCCGGUCAUUGCCCAGUUACUUUAA